CCAAAACAAGCAUCCGAUUCUGCGCAGUAGAGCUCCCUGUCCAAAUCUAUUGUUGGAAUAUUUGGAAUUUAUCCUGUGCUGUGUCAAUCAAAAUCCGAAGAUAAAACGGGAAUUCGUAGGCAAAAUCCACCUUUUAUUUACACAGUGUUGUGUAGUUUUAAGAAAGGAGUGCCGUGUCAACCGAACCGACUGUGUUGUCAGUUUAUCGGUGCGUGCAGUGCGUAUGAUCGCCUCUGGAAAGGACAAAAUAACAGUUAGAAUCCGUAACAUGAAGCGCAGCAGCGACAGAGAUACACCGCCGCGCAGCAAACGGUCCAGAUCGAGCAUGGGCCGAUACGACGACAGCUCCGACGAACGCAUCACCCCCGACAGGGUCCGGCGGCGCGGCAGUCGCGGCCGCAGCCCGAGCCCCCCGAGGGCGCGCUACGUAUCGCCGCAUCGCGACGAAUACAUGCGCCCGCCGGAGCGCUCCUACCCUUACAAAGUGCUCUGCGUCAGCGCCCUUCACCCCAAAGCCAGCGACGAGGUCAUCAAGGACACCCUCUACAGGGAGUACAAGAAGUACGGGGACCUCAGCAUCAGGGUCACGCACGAUUUGGACGAACGCGUCGCCUACGUAUGCUUCAGGAACCCGGAGGACGCGCGAGACGCCAAGCACGGUAAACCCCGCAUCAUUAUUUACGAUAAAGUCGCGAUCGUAGAGGCCGUGUACGAAGUACCCCGUUCGACGGACGUUUACAGAAGCAGGCCGAGAUCGAUCAGCCCCGAAUACGACAGGCACUAUUACGCCCGGUCGCCGGACCUCCGCUACGACAGGGCCGGAUACGGUUCGAUUCCCGGUUUGCCGGUGCACCGAGAGUACCGGCCGGUGCCCCACCACGAUUACCUCGCCCGACCGCCGGUGCACCACGGUCCGCCGCACAUGGUGCACGGCGGCGGCUACGGCGCCCCCAGGCAACACCAACACGCCCCCCGGCCGCCGUUCGAACAAAAAGAAAACAAAAAAGACAAGUUUCCCAACUACUUGCACCACAUACUACCCGAGGACGAUCCUCUGGCCACUCGUACGCUGUUCGCCGGCAACUUGGAAAUCAACAUAACCGAGGAGGAGUUGCGGCGGAUCUUCAGCCGGUACGGCGUCGUCGAGGACAUCGAUAUCAAACGGCCGCCGCCCGGUACGGGUAACGCUUUCGCCUUUGUGCGAUUCAAUACGCUCGACAUGGCCCAUCGGGCCAAAGUGGAACUGUCCGGCCAGUACAUCGGGAAGUUCCAAUGCAAAAUCGGCUACGGCAAGGCGACGCCCACCACCAGGAUAUGGGUGGGCGGCUUGGGGCCUUGGACGUCCGUGCCGCAAUUGGAGAGGGAAUUCGAUCGGUUCGGCGCCAUCAAAAAAAUCGAUUACGUCAAAGGCGAUAAUCAAGCGUUGAUUUUGUACGACAGCAUCGACGCCGCCACGGCAGCGGUGAAGGAGAUGCGGGGAUUCCCGUUGGGCGGGCCGGAACGAAGAUUAAGGACCGAUUUCGCCGAUGUAACACCGGGCGUUACGUACCGACCGAAGCCUCCGUACGGCUCGGGCGACGAUUAUCGCGCGAGAGAGGCCGAUUUCGACUACGAGUACGAUUACCGGAUGAGAGGCUAUCCGGAGCGACGGGGCGGCAGCCGGGAUUUGUACAGGGACGAGGAGUGGAGCAGAACGAGGGAUCCGGAGUUCGAACGCAGGAGGUCCGGUUCGAGGGGCUUCGACCGAUCGAGGUCGAGGACGCCCCGACGAUCGCCCGAUUCCGAUUCGGACGGCGGUUCGAGGCGGGCCGGGCUGUUGGCUUCGAGCCGAACCUUGCCGGAGGUGGCCAGGAAAUGUACGAUAGUCUGGCAGGGCGCUUUGAUCCUCAAAAAUUCCCUGUUCCCCGCCAAAUUCCAUCUGAUGGACGGAGACACCGACAUAGUCGACGGGCUCAUGAAGGACGAGGAGGGUAAACACCAAUUGAGGAUCACCCAAAGACUGAGGCUGGAUCAGCCGAAGUUGGAGGACGUGCAAAAGAGGAUAUCCAGCGCCAGUUCGCACGCCAUAUUUCUCGGUCUGGCCGGUUCGACGGCUUCGGUAACGAACGAUGACGCUUCGGUGCAAACCAGACCGUUGAGGAAUUUGGUGUCGUAUCUGAAGCAAAAGGAAGCGGCAGGUGUGAUUUCGCUAUUGAAUAAGGAGACCGAAGCGACCGGUGUUCUCUACUCCUUUCCGCCCUGUCCCUUUUCCACUGAGCUACUCAAACGUAGCUGUCCCAACCUGUCCGAUGAGGCCAUCAAGGAAGAUCAUCUCAUUAUUGUCGUGGUACGUGGUGGUACAGCUUAAUCUUUUUUUUCCUUUAUUUUUUUUUGUUAAUUCUGCAAUUUUAUUUCGCUUAUACACUGUAUUUUUAUUCUCGUUUUACAGUGAAACAUACAAAAGAAAGUAUAGUUUAUAUUUACAGAGAUGAACACGAAAUUUUGCUGUCUGUUUUCAGAAUUUUCUACGAUUAUUAGUAGUAGGGUUAGUAAGGAUACGAUAAUUUUUAUUUUACUUUUAUUAUUAUUAUAGGAUACUAGAGUAACCGGAUAAACCGAUGAAAUAGUUGGUUUUAUCAGUCGAAUACAGAAUAUUUGGAAAGUUACGUACGACUUAUCACAGAAGUAAAGUAAGGUACUUUUUAUCUAUAAUAAUUAUUUUGUUAUUAUACAGGGUGUCUCACGGACUUACACUAUUUGCGUAUGAAGAAUUACUUGUUAUUUUUAUAAGAAUUUGCAAAAGUUGGUUACCAAUUCUACAAAUUUUCAUAAAAAUAUCCUGCGUAGUUCUUCAUGUACAACUCAUUGGGACACCCUGUAUAUUUUUACAAGUAUCUGGAAACAACGACAGCGAAAUUUUUUAUAAAAUUACGUUUCACUAUAAUGAGUAUAUACUUUUUAUAUAGACGAAUAAUUUAGUUUUAGAUAAUUUUUCAGGGCAAAGUGUUUCUUGUGUAAGUUAAGGGCAAAAAUUCUGUUUUAAUUCUAAUCAGAAAUCGGUUUAUUUCAGGAAAUUGGCGAUCAUUGAGUUUUGUGUAGUUUUCUGAAGAAACACUUGAUUUAAAGAUACGUGAAGUGACAAAAUAUAUGAAAGCAAAAAAAGAAUUGGUGUCCUGCAGUUCUUUCUCAUGCUGUUUGUUUUUUUUUAUAAUUACUCUAAAAAGUAUUUGGAAAUGUGAAAGAACUGUAUAGAAUGCGUGCGCCGCCCAAUUAAUACAAAAAUCAGUAGUGUUGUGUAGUUUUAAUGAAAUAAUGUACUGCUUGAGACAAAAUAUUGAAUAUUCAGUUUAUUAAUUUUGUGAUCAUAGUGUUACUUCUCUUUGGUGUUUACUGAUAAUAAUCAUUGUACUUUAUUGAAGUUAAAACUGGUUCGCUCGAUGUAUAAUGUUUAAACUGUGUCGUGAAAUACAAAGUUGUUUCAAUGAGUUGUGUUGUUUAUUUUGGUGAGUGAGUGAAAAUUCCAACGGUGGUUUUUCAAUUUUGAAACUAAAAGAAUGGCAUUGUGAAUAAUUCGAAAACACGUGUAAAAUGUGUGUGAGUGUGUCCAAUUUAGUGGAUUUUUUUGUAUUUAACUGAGAAAAAAACUAUUAUUAAUUUAUCAUGAUACUAUGGUAAAAUGGUUGGUAAUAAAACAUUUUGUAAACUAUAGUAGUCAUUUUUUUAAGUAAAAAAAUCAUCCACUGAAAAGAUAUUAAGAUAAUUAGUAGUGGUGUUUACCAAUCAAUAUUAGCAGAAAUUAAUUGCAACAAUAAAUACAACCAUUUUCGUAUUAGCCAUCAAAUUUAGUUAAUUACCUAUUCCUAAUUAUACAUCCGUCCAACAGUAAAUACUAAUUACACGAUGGAUAGUAAAUGAUACAAGAUAACACAGAAAGUGAGCUCAAGUACAAUUACAUUUUGUACUCUUACAGAUUAUAACUAAUAAAAAAUAUUCACAGCAAGAUACACAGAAGAUAAUCGAAGCGGAGCAAAGGAGGAAGAUUCAGAAAUCAAUUAGCGAGACGACGUAAUAGAGAUCGGCGAAUAUCUUCGCGGAAUCUAAAAUGUCUGAAAUAUCGCGAGGGGUUUCGUCCCGCUCGGAUAUUUUGUGUAAAAACGUGUCCAGCGCGGACAAACCGCAGCAGAUCUGCUUCUGGAUGGUACCCAAGACGGUGCUGCUGUCGGGCAAUUGCAAUGAGAAUUUCUUGAUGAAUUCCGGCAGCGACGAGCGCUUGAUGAUGUCCCGCUUUUCCGGUUCCGGUAAACCGUUUCUCAAACACGAUGUCCACGAAGUGCCUAAAAGUAUUUAAGAAAUUGAAUGGGUUUGUUGGAAACGAGAUAUGUAAUUUUAUUAUACUUAACUAAAAUGUGAACGUAAAGAAAACUGAGCACAAACACAACGAGCGUGAAAUAAUACCAAGCUAUAAUAAAUGAUUGAAAUUUGCUAGCUUUCUUAUGUUGGUCAAAACCAAAUUAAUAUAGCUUUAUGCUAAUUAAAUUCAUUAAAAUAAAUUCGCUAUUUGUUUAUAAGGAAAGAGCUGUUCGAGGAGAGCCGAGUUAAGCUUGCGGGGCAAGCGAGAAAUGCGUAGAAGAAAAAUAAAAUGCAUUAGUAUAACUAAUUGCAGCGUUUCCAACAAAUAAAAAAAGCUAAAAGCAUUAUUAGCAUUUUGAUAAAAAAAAUAAAAGUGUAUUGUAGUGUAACAGCUUCAAUUUUUUAAGCCCUGCUCUAAAAAAAAGCAUACCGUACGGGUAAGUGCAAUUUUUUGCAAUAUGGUCAAUUCUGAGUUGAAAAAAGAAAUAUUAUUAAAUUACAAUUCCACAAAAUUAUUCUUUCUAUUUUCUUUUAUAUGAGACUAAAGGAAAUUGUCUUUGUUGCACCAUAUUUCGUACAAAUUUGCACUUAUUUGUAUAUUGCCAAAUUAAGAUUUAAGCAUUUUAUACAAAAUGAGUUUUACUUUUUCUUUUCACGUUGUAUGAUCUAAUAAUAGAUGAUUGAAUGACUUAAUAAAACGAUUAAACUUACUCAAUUCAGUGGAAUGUUUAUUCCUUUGAUGUUCCUUUAAAUCAAAUUCGGUUUCGAAACCCAUUUUACAAACACUGCACUUAUAUGGUAAUAAAAAUCCGUCUUUGGCAUCGUUCUCCUUAUGAUCCUGUUCGUGUUUGAAGAGCCAUUUAAAAUUGCUGUAUUCCUUCUCACAAUAUUUACACGUCGCUGUUUUUCCUUUAUCUAAAAUAGCAAGGCG